AUGGGUCUCUACAGCAAGCUGGCGGAUGAUAUUACAGAGGUGGACGUGAUCAUUGCUGGAGGCGGAACAGCAGCUUGCGUCCUCGCUGGUCGUCUCGCGGCCGCCGACCCUCAAUUGUCCAUCCUCGUCAUUGAAGGCGGCACGAACAACCGCGAUGUUCCCAAUGUCGUCCACCCCGCCUUCUUUCUGGACCACCUUGCCCCGACGAGCAAGACCGCAAUCUUUUACCAGGGCAACGUAUCCGACAAGCUGGCAGGUCGCGGUCCCAUUGUCCCGGCUGGAGGAAUACUCGGUGGCGUAUCGUAUACCGAAAAUGAGCUCUAA